AUUUUUGUACUGUAUUUGAAGAUGAAAAAUAUAGGCCAAAAUCAUAGACCUUGCAUAGAAGCUGGAUAAUGAAGACAGUUCUGGAGGAAAACAUAGAUACACACACAUGGACACACAUAUAUAUAAAGUAUGCACACAUUUUAUUUUUAAAGUUUUAAAGCUUUUAAAGCAAAAGCCAGCCCCUCCCCUCUCCCAGAGUGGAUGGCCUCUCCUCUCUCUUAGAGUGGGUUGGGAUAGCGGUUGCAUGGGGACAUUUCCUUGUGAGCCACAGGUCCCUCUGGACACACUGCUGUCUGGCCACGCCCCCUUUCCCUUUCAUCUUUCUCAUUGACCAAUGGGCUUGGAGCAUUAAGGCCACACCCCUAUUCAGCAUUCUACUGGGGCCCUGGUUACGCCUCCUCUGGCUCAGUCGCACAGCAACCUGGUUGGUGACUGGAGGUGUUCAUCAGUGCUCACUAGGAUUUUGCUGAUGUGGCCCCAAACCCGCCUCCCUCCCCACCCUGCGAUGGCAGAAGAAACUCAACAGAGCAAAUUGGCUGCAGCCAAGAAAAAGUUAAAAGAAUAUUGGCAGAGAAACAGCCCUGGUGUUCCUGCAAGAGCGAAGAGGAACAGGAAAACAAAUGGCAGUGUCCCUGAGACAGCCACUUCUGGUGGUUGCCACUUACCUGGGGAUUCAGCAACAGGUAUUGGCAGAGAGGGCCCUACGUCAUCUGUACCCCUCAAGGAUCUGGAGAGCCCGUCCCAAGAACUAGCAGCUGCCCUGGACUUGAGGUCCGUCAAAAUCAGUCAACUGAAGAACACCAUCAAAUCUUUGAAACAACAGAAGAAACAAGUGGAACAUCAGCUGGAAGAAGAAAAGAAGGCAAACAAUGAGAAACAGAAAGCUGAAAGGGAGCUAGAGGUUCAAAUCCAGACAUUGAACGUGCAGAAAGGGAAACUAAGUACGGACCUGUUUCGCACGAAACGCUCGCUCAGAUACUUUGAAGAGGAGUCCAAGGAUCUGGCCGACCGCCUGCAAUGUUCAUUGCAGCGUAAAGGAGAGUUAGAGCAGGUUCUCUGUGCUGUCACCGCCACACAGAAGAAGAAGGCGAACCUGUCCUCGAGCCACAGGAAAGCAUGUAUGGAGUGGAAGUUAGAGUGGUCCACACGGGAGCAGGCACUUCUGAAAGCACAGCUGACACAGUUGAAGGAGUCACUAAGAGAAGCCCAUCUGGAGAGGGAUGAGUAUGUUGAACAUCUAAAAGGGGAGAGGGCCCGGUGGCAGCACAGGAUGAAGAAAAUGUCGCAGGAGGUUUGCACCUUGAAGAAGGAGAAGAAGGAUGACAUGCGUCGGGUGGAGAAGCUGGAGAGGAGCUUGUGCAAAGUCAAGAACCAGAUGGCUAAACCCCAGCACCCGGAGCCCCCAGCAGUGCCCCCUGAGGAGGAGCUGCAGCACCUGAGGAAGGAACUAGAGAGGGUGUCAGCAGAGCUCCAGGCCCACGUGGAAAACCAUCAACACGUAAGUCCCCUGAACCAGCCACAAAAGGAGAGGCUUGGGAGGCAGGAGGAGAGGCUUCAGCAGCUGGUCGAGCCACACCGCGGUGUUGAGGAGCUGGUGGAGCUGAAAAGCCAAAAGGCUCAGAGUCUGCAGCAGCAGCCAGACCAUUACCUGGGUCACCUGCAGCAGUCCGUGGCCAUCUAUCAGCAGCAGGUGGCCGCCUAUCACCAGCUGACCUCUGAGAAGGAGGCGCUGCACAGGCAGUUACUGCAGCAGACCCAGCUAAUGAACCAGCUGCAGCAGCAGGAAGCUUGGGGCAAAGCGGAGCACCUGGAGGCUGCCAGGCAGCAGAAUCAGCAGCUGCAGGACCAACUGAGCCUCAUGGCUCUCCCUGGGGAAGGAGAUGGAGGACAUCUGGACAGUGAGGAGGAGGAGGGACCUCGGCCCAUGCCGAGCGUCCCAGAGGACCUAGAGAGCUGGGAGGUCAUGAGCAGCCUUAUGGACCUCCUGGAGGAGAAGACAGACCUGAGAGAGCGUGUGGAGAAACUAGAAGUUCAGUUCAUCCAGUACUGGAGGAAGAGAUGUCAUCAGAAAAUUCGUCACCUUAUAAAUGAGCCAGGAGGCAGUGUUAAAGAUGCAGCACGGGGAGGACAUAUUCAGGCUGGCCCAGGACAGGGAGGUGAUGAAGGUGAAGCUGCUGGCGCUGCAGGAGAUGGUGUUGCGGCUUUACACAAAAGGGCGCUGGCUGGCAUUCUUCUUAAUGUACGUAGUAAAGAUCAUAAGAAAUCCUUUACGAGUUUAAAUGUCCCUGGAACAGGCAUACAGGCUCUAGUCAAGAAUGAAUUACAGGAAAGCCGUGUGACACCUGGCAUUCUUCUGUUCACGGAGCUUCUUUGA